GAUUCGCGAUCUCCGUAUCGCAGAAGAUGGUCGUCACAGUUGCAUGUUCCAGACCGGUGCAAGACAUCCAACCAGUGAUCUGAAAGUAAACCUUCUAACGAUAUGGCCGAAGUAGCUGACUGAAUUGCGAUGCAUGCGCGUCCAAUUCGAAUGGCAUUGCGAUUUGCAGCAUGCAUGCUUUGCUGCACACUGCACAUCGGCUACACAGACUCGUUCUCGGCCGUAUCAUACACGGUCCUUUUUGCACGGCUUCUCAAACGUACACCCCGAUCCUCCUACAUGGCUCGAUGUCCGUUGAGCUCGCGAUGCUCGGACAUGUACGGUAGCAACGAACGGGCUGGUGUUCAAACCCAGCGGGUCGCUACACCUUCUUCUCGCAGCUUCGUUCCUGCAUCAGAAGAGCUCCGCGUCUGUACGCCAGUGACUAAUAGGGCUGGACAUAGAUUGAGUUGUGUUUGUACUCGUACCUGAGGCCAUCAAGAUGAAGACCGCGCCUCAAGAGGCACGACUCGGGAUGACCGCGAAUCCAUGUCUUCCGGAUUCCGAAUGUUCUGGCUGCAUGUGGUGAU